ACUGCAGGGGUGUGUGUGAAACUGACAGCCUCCAGCCCAGACGGCCACACAGCACCGCUGCGACGAACUUACCUGGCCCCCACCACGGCCUUGGCCAUGACCCUGGCGGCUUCCUCCCAGCGCUCCCAAAUCAUUCGCUCCAAGUUCCGUUCUGUUCUCCAGCUGCGGAUCCACAGACGCUAUCAGGAGCCCAACCCGGACCCUUUCUUCUCCGGCCUUGGGGUCCAGCUCCCUGAGUUAGAAUACACCCCGUGGAGGUCUCCAAAGAAGACCUUUCCUAAGAUCUUCCCACAUUGGCAGGAGCCCAAGCCCAACGGGCACUUGACCUACCACCAAUACAUGCCCCCAGAGCCAAGGCAAGGGUCUAGGGGAGACCCCCAGACUGACGGGACAGCUCCGGGACCCCCAGGACCACCCCUGUGGGAUGGAACAAACGCACAGCCACCAUAUCCUAGGGCUGUCGCCAGGAUGAAGCCCACUCCCCAGACUCCUUCCCCGCCAGGGGCCCCCAGCCCCUCACCCCCGCCCCACAAGCUGGAACUUCAGACUCUCAAACUAGAGGAGCUGACGGUCUCCGAGCUCCGCCAGCAGCUCCGCCUGCGGGGCCUCCCGGUGUCAGGGACCAAGUCGAUGCUCCUGGAGCGCAUGCGCGGCGGCGCUCCGCCCCGCGAGCGGGGGAAGCCGAGGCGCGAGGACAGUCCCUCGCGGGCUCCGUGGCCGCGCCUCAGGCCCAAGGCCCUAGGAGCAGCCCGGCGGCAGACCUCGUUCAAGGCCAGUCCGGCGUCCGGCCCGCCCCCGCCGCCGCCGCCGCCGCGAGCCCCGGACACCCUGGUGGCAGCGCCGGCUCCGGCCUCAGCCCGGAUCACCUCCGCACCGACGUCCGCGGCCCUGACCCUGGAGGAGGAGCUGCAGGAGGCGAUCCGGAGGGCGCAGCUGCUCCCGAACCGGGACAUCGAUGACAUCCUGGAGGAGGCGGUGGAGCCUGAGGACCCGCUGCCCCCCAUCCCUCUGGACUUCCCGGGCUCCUUUGACGUGCUGUCCCCCUCCCCGGACUCUGAAGGCCUCUCAUCUGUCUUCUCUUCCUCACUCCCCUCCCCCACGAACUCCCCACCUCCUGCUGCUGCCAAGGGCCCCAUGGACCCCUUGGACUGGCUGGAGGCUCUGAGUGGGGGUCCCCCACUGGGCUGUGGGCCCCCAGCUCCCAGCAUCUUCUCAGCUGACUUCUCUGACUCCAGCGGGACCAGGCUGUGGGACCUACUGGAGGGUCCCUGGUGAUGGCAGCCAUGGUCUUCAGAGACUGAGAGCUGGUGGGGGUAGGGAGGUCAGGGAGGAGAGACUCCCAGUGGGUCAAGCGAUGGAGCUGCUUGCACCACAAACACGGGAUCAGAGGCAGCCCUUGAGACUUCUUGGAGUGACCUUUGCUUGCCUGACCUCCGUAUGGCCUCCCCUCAUGGAUGAUGUGGGGUAGGGGGUUUCUUGGCUGCUGACCAGCGCAAAUAAGGUGCUUGCUACUUUCUUCAGAA